AUGUCCAUCUCCUACGACGGCAAGACGUUCCGCUCGACGUCCAACACGGCCAACGGCGAGGUCGGCGCCGAGACCACCUUCCACUACCACCAGGACGGCAGCAUCGUGUGGGCCGAGUACGCGGGGGGCUCCGUGGUGCGCGGCUCCCUCGUGGCCGUGGUGGUGGCGACUCAAGGCGACUCGCUCGACAUGCGCUACCACCACGUCAACCGCGAGGGCCAGCUCAUGACGGGGCGGUGCGUCUCGCGGCCCGAGGUGCUCCCCGACGGGCGCCUGCGCAUGCACGAGACGUGGCGGUGGACGAGCGGCGAUGAGUCUUCGGGGGAGUCGGUCGUGGAGGAGGUUAGGGAGGAGUAG